AGUUUGAGUCUGUUGUGUUUGCAGUAGUUCAGCCAAUGAAUUACAGGUGAUGCUGGAGUCAAGCUUAAAAAGAAAAUGGCUCCUUCGGAGAAGACCAUUGCAGACUUUUGUCGGCUUUGUGCCGUAGAAGCGAAGAAUGGUGUUGUUAUAUAUAGUACAGAAGGCGUUAAUUUGUGUCUUGAAGAGAAAAUCAUACAGUGUUUACGAAUAGAAGUUUCUAAAGAUGAUAUGUUGCCAAAAAAGGUCUGCAGGCCUUGUCGUGCACGAUUAGAAGACUAUCAUAAAUUUGCUGAAAGAGCCAACCGAGUACAACAUACCUUAGAGCUUCUUAUUCAAAUGAAGAGCACGAAUGUGUCUUCAGGACCACUGGUUACAGAAACAAAGAAUGAAGACGGAUUUCAUGUAAAAAAUGACCCUGAUGAUGUUGAAAUUAAGGAUGAAUUAAUGGAGCUUCCUUUAGAUGUCACUCUAGAAUCGGAUGGUGAUAAUCAUGUUGAUCCUAAAGUCAAUAGUACUGAUGAUGAUCAGAGUAUACCUGAGUUACCUCGAUUACCACCUUUAAGAGAAUCAAAGCGUGGUAGUAUCAAUGAUCGUCUUGUGCAUCAUAUGAGGAGGAGAAAAAUGCUGCAGCCGAAGAAAACUUCACAUCAGCAGCCAGUAGUAGCAAGACGCAGAGGACGUUCCCGCCGAAAUAUACGUCCUCCUCCAAGUUCUGAUGAGGAAAGUGAAGAUGAAGAAAAACAAGACAAGCUAGAAGAUGGUGAUGAGGAUGCUGAAGAAUUAGAAAAAAUUGACCCGGAUGACAUUGAUGAACUCAAUGUCUUUAAAGGUCUCAGGGAUGAAGAGGAGGAAGAAGAAGAUGAUGAAAUUGAUGAUGAAGCAGAUAAAAAUGCAAAAGAAGAAUGGAAGACACACUGGGGUAUUAAAUGUAACCAGUGUGAGCAAAUUUUUCCAUUCAAAUCACAGUUUGAUAGGCAUUACCGUAGCUCAUAUGACAAGAAACCUAUAUACACAUGUUCAUACUGCAACAAGACAAUGGAGAAGUAUUCCACUUUCAGGUCUCACUGUUAUCGGCAUGUCACCGAAGGCCGAUACAGAUGUGAGUACUGUCAGAAGGGCUUUAGUUUGCGAAGCAUGCUUCAUGUACACAUCCUAGCCAAACACACAACAGUGAAACCAUUCAUUUGUGAGGAAUGUGGGAAGGGUUUUGUGACCCGGCCUGGACUGAACAUUCAUCUCAAGAAGCACAAGACUGAUGAAAAGCUGGAGUACCCAUGUGGGGAGUGUGGCAAAGUUCUUCAUACACGAGGAGGCCUCACAGCACAUCAAAAUGUACAUAAACUGGGUCGCAGAUUCAUGUGUGAUGUAUGUGGCAAGACGUUUACACAAAAAGUGAAUAUGCAACAGCAUGUGAAGCAUCAUACAGGUGAACGUCCCUUUGCCUGUGAGAAGUGUGGCAAAUGCUUUGCAGAAAAGUCACAUUUGAACCGUCACUACAGUUUCCACAGUGAGAAACGUCCAUUCCAAUGCACAAUAUGUCUCAAGAUGUACAAAACAGAACGUUGUCUAAAAGUACAUGCUAUGGUACAUGCUGAGGCACGGCCAUAUGUCUGCACAUACUGCAAUAAGGGCUUCCUCAGUACCACAAAACUCAAGCAACAUUACAACAUUCACACAGGUGAACGCCCAUAUGCUUGUAAAUUCUGUGAACGCACUUUUACAAACUAUCCCAACUGGCUCAAACAUACACGGAGAAGGCAUAAAACUGAUCCUCGUGGUGGUGGUGGUGGAAUUGUUGCAUCUCGUGUAGUUACACAUAAUCAGGAAGGAUUAAUACCAUUACAACAGCCAGAGGAAGUUCCACAAGAAGAUGGAAGAGGAAGUGUUAGCUGUCAUACACCACUGUCACAACAAGCUCUACCAACUCAAGCAAUUCCUGUGGCAUGUUUGGCUAACAGUGUAGACCCUAAUGAAAGUUCUGGUGUGAGCUUAAUGGCACCAUAUCCUCAUCAGCCUCAACAACCACAUCCGCCUCACCAAACCCAUCAUCAGUCCAUGCCCUCCGAAUCAAGACUGCAGCCUUCUCUACCUCUUACACAAGUUCAAGUGUAUUCUGAACAUAUGAUGGCCAUUCCUAUGCCCCAUCAUCACCAUAUGCUACCCCUGUGAUGGUGUGAAACAAUGGGAAAUCCAUAAAAUGAACUGUGCACCAAACAUUGCCUAUUAACCUAAGGUUACACACGACAUAAACAUUUGAACUGUAUUAUAAAUGCACCGGAGUUUGUCAGUGUAAAUAAGAAAUGUAUACAAGAGUGAACUUGUUUUGAAGAAUGUACAUUAGUUUUAUGGACCCCACAAAACAGUCACAUUUAUGCAUGAAGGACUGAUAUUUCAUAACUGACUGAAACAGUGACUUUUAAUGCCUGCAGGAACUUGGUAUACCACUAUAUUUAUACGCUGGUAGUGCCAAAACAUACUACAUUUGUUUAAUUUUUACAUUGUUUUUAUACAAUUUUGUAUAAAAUAUGAAUGUGUGUACUGUUAAGUUUUUAUGGCUGCAUGAAAAUUAAGACUGUCACUGACUGAAACAACAGGAUCUCUUCUUAAAGCAAGACUGUAAAUAUUUAUGUGAUACAGUUUAAUGCAUUGUACCAGACUUAAGUACAUUUGCUUCAUGUUAUGUAUUAUUGCUGUAUUAUGACAUUAAUGUCAGUAUGAUUUACUUUUACUUUGAGCAAAUUUGGGAGAAUGCAUGAGUGGAUUCUAAGAAAUGAAAUACAUACUCAGCACAUUUACACACUCUGCUGUCCUUGAGAGAGAGAGAAUGGGUUUGGAGGAACAUCAGCAUCAGUGACUAUAUGUGCUUGUUUUAGGACUGUACAUGAGUUUGUAAUUGGGGCAGCCUGUCCUAACAGCAAUCUUGCCUAGUAUUUUAACCCAUUGGCUUUAUUUUGAUGAAAAUUUUCAUUUGAUGCAACUGUGAGAAUUGGACUGAAUUAGCCAGCAAAAAGUGACCAAUUAAUGUGUACGUAUAUUUAUUCAUGCAAAGUUCUUUUUACCAACAUUCAAAUUAAGUGUUCUUGACCUUUAUUUACUGCUGAUUCAUGUCUUUUAUUUCAUAUGCAAAUAUAUUUUUCCAUCCAGAUGGCAAUGC